AUGCUUCGCGGUUUUCCCUUGGGAGCGCUCUUUCUUAUUUUAAUUCUGUCAUUUUCUUUAUCGUCUCCCUUUUUCUUCUUUAUCGACGCUUUUUUUCUUCUUUAUCGUCUCCCUUUUUCUUCUUUAUCGUCUCCCUUUUUCUUCUUUAUCGACGCUUUUUUUCUUCUUUAUCGACGCUUUUUUUCCUUCUUUAUCGUCUCCCUUUUUCUCCUUUACCGAGUUUUUUUCUUCUUUAUCGUCUUUUUCUCCUUUAUCGUCUUUUUUUUCUUUAUCUUUUUUGUCUCUCAUUUUUGUUUCUUUUUGUUUUUUGUCUCUCUCGUUUGCCUCCUCCAUUUCUUUUUCCUUUCCUUCAUCUUUUAUUGUUUUAAUUUACUUCCAUUUUGCUUCUUUGCAUUCUUUUUCUUUUUCCUUAUAAUAGAAAGUCAUUGUAUUAGAUAUGGUCAAGCUAGCCUCAAAUGUUUUAGAGCUGACGAUAUUCCUUUUCUCUCACAGGAAAGCGUGUCCAGUGGGGAAAGCGAAAUGAGCACCGAGCGGACACCAUCCCCAACCCCAGACGAAAGCAUCAGUCCCAAAAUUCUGGAGAAUGUGAAAGAUCUUAAAUCUAUCAUGUUUUUUUUUUCUUUUCAUCUCAUCUUUUCUUCAUUUUCCUCCUUACAUCUUAUUCGACCGCCUCCUUGUUUCCUCUCUUUGUUGACUACCCACCUCCUGUUCUGUUUCUGUCUGUGCAUCCAUGUGCCAUCAGGGACAUGA